UCACUUAUUCUCAUUCCAAACCAUCUCUACUACUAUCUAUCUUAAAACAUACACUAGUCUUUCAUAAAAUUAGCUAGAAUGGCGAAAAUUGGCAUGGUAGAAAGCUUUCUUAGACUAUGGUUGCUCACACUAGUUGUGAUUGGGAUGAGCAAAAUUGUUGGGGCUCAGGUUGAAACUGAACUCAAGUGUUCCGCAGAUAAGUUCUAUAAUUUGUUUAGGCACAAUAUAAUGCUAUUGCCUACAAUUUUCCCUCAAUUUUACAAGAGUGUGAAAAUCGUUAAAGGUGAUGGUAAAAGCAGCGUAGGAAAUAUCAGGGAAUGGCAAUAUGUUACACCAGGAGCGUCUUCGAAGGUAAUUUCGGUGAAGGAAAUUGUUAAAUCCGUGGACGAGGAUAAUAGGUCGAUCACAUUCAGUGUUUUGGGAGGAGACUUAAUGACUCAGUAUAAGACCUUUGAUAUCAUAAUGACCGUAACUCCUAAAGAUGUUGAUAAUAUUGAAGAGUCUGGUAGCAAAGUGAAAUGGUGGAUACAGUAUGAGAAACGAACCGAAGAUGUUCAUAGUCCAGAUGCACAUAUUCAAGUUGCAGCUGCUAUUACUAAAGAGUUGGGUCACUACCUUCUCCAGUAGCUUCAAGACCGAUCGGGUACCUGGAAUGGGUUGUUUUAUUUCGCAUGUUCAUGGUGUCAUGCCGUUUGAAUUUGCUAGGGAUCUGUAGUUGAUAUGUAAUGUGUUGUCCCCUUUUCUUUACUUAGGGUGCAUGUCAUUAUGUGUGUAAUAAAUAAUGUAUUACCAUCUUCCUCUUGUUUGUUCCAAGAACUCCAAAAUAGUUUGCAUGCAAAAUAUGCUCAGUUUUCCUAA